GGAGAGAGCGAGCCGGAGCGAGAAAGGGAGAGCGCAAGAGGGAGCGAACACGCACACACACGCGCGCACACACACGCUCACACAGAGACACACACGGGGAAAGCUUUGAAGUAAUUGGGUUCCACGGACAAGAUGCUGCUGCUGGCGAGAUGUCUCCUGGUGGCCCUCGUCUCCUCGCUCCUGAUGUGCUCGGGGCUGGCGUGUGGACCCGGCAGGGGAUUUGGGAAGAGGCGGCACCCCAAAAAGCUGACCCCUUUAGCCUACAAACAGUUUAUCCCCAAUGUGGCCGAGAAGACCCUUGGGGCCAGUGGAAGAUAUGAAGGGAAGAUCUCGAGAAACUCCGAGCGAUUUAAGGAACUCACCCCCAAUUACAACCCUGACAUCAUAUUUAAGGAUGAAGAAAACACCGGAGCGGACCGGCUGAUGACUCAGAGGUGUAAAGACAAGUUGAACGCCUUAGCCAUCUCAGUCAUGAACCAGUGGCCAGGAGUGAAGCUGCGAGUGACCGAGGGCUGGGACGAGGACGGCCACCACUCGGAGGAGUCGCUGCACUAUGAGGGCCGGGCCGUGGACAUCACCACGUCAGACCGCGACCGCAGCAAGUACGGCAUGCUGGCCCGCCUGGCCGUGGAGGCUGGCUUCGACUGGGUCUACUACGAGUCCAAAGCGCACAUCCACUGCUCGGUGAAAGCAGAGAACUCGGUAGCCGCGAAAUCAGGCGGCUGCUUCCCAGGCUCGGCCACGGUGCACCUGGAGCAGGGCGGCACCAAGCUGGUGAAGGACCUGAGCCCGGGGGACCGGGUGUUGGCGGCCGACGACCAGGGCCGGCUGCUGUACAGCGACUUCCUCACCUUCCUGGACCGCGAGGACGGCGCCAAGAAGGUCUUCUACGUUAUCGAGACCAGGGAGCCGCGGGAGCGCCUGCUGCUGACCGCCGCGCACUUGCUCUUCGUGGCGCCGCACAACGACUCCGCCGCCUGGGAGCCGGAGCUGCCUGGAGUGCAGCCGACCGGCCCGGGGGCCCGCCUGAGGCCGCCGCUAGGGGGCGCGGCUGGGCGCCGGGCGCUCUUCGCCAGCCGCGUGCGGCCCGGCCAGCGCGUAUAUGUGGUGGAGGAGCGGGACGGGGACCAGAGACUCCUGGCUGCCGCGGUGCACAGCGUGACGCUGCGCGAGGAGGCCACCGGCGCGUAUGCGCCACUCACGGCCCAGGGCACCAUCCUCAUCAACCGGGUGCUGGCCUCGUGCUACGCGGUGAUCGAGGAGCACAGUUGGGCGCACUGGGCCUUUGCGCCCUUCCGCCUGGGCCACGCCCUCCUGGCGAUGCUCUCGCCGGCCCGCACGGACUGCGGCGGCGGGGGUGGCGGGGACGGCCUCCGCCUCCUGCCCGCGACAGAUGUGGCCGACGUGCCAGAUGCGGCUGCCGCCGCCGCGGGCAUCCACUGGUACUCGCAGCUGCUCUACCAAAUAGGCACCUGGCUGUUGGACAGUGAGGCCCUGCACCCCCUCGGGAUGGCGGUCAAGUCCAGCUGAA